AUGACAUCUUCGCAGCUGCAGAUUGUAGAUGGUGUGGCGUUGAGCCACAUCUUCAUAGGGCUUAAGCUGACCAUGGAGGACGAAAGGACCAAAUGUGCCAUUGAGCUUAGAAACUUCUUGGCCAGCAUAGCCAGGGAUCUCACGCCAGAGCAGUUCAACCGAUACAACAACGAGAUCAACCGCACGAUUUUUGAUCUUUUGCAAAGUAAGGACACUGUACAGACAUUGGGCGGUAUAGCUGCACUCAAUGCCUUGAUUGAUUUUGACAGCGGAGUGGGCGAAGAAAACGCAACGAAAACAGCGAGAUUUUCCAACUAUUUGAGCUCCUUGAUUCUUUCAAACGAUAUUAACAUAAUGAAGCAAGCGACGAAAACGCUAGGCAAGUUGGCCACGCCGGGGGGAACUUUGACUGGCGAUUUUGUCGAUUUCGAAGCUAAGAAAGCAAUCGAGUGGCUCCAAAGUGAUAAUCGUCAGUAUGAAAAUCGCCGCCACGCUGCUAUUCUAAUUAUAACGGCCCUUGCGGAUAAUGCUCCCUUGUUGCUCCAAAGCUACGUCACACAGAUAUUAGAGCAUAUCUGGAUCCCACUCAGAGACCACAAGCUUAUCAUAAGGAAUGACUCUGCAAUCGCGCUACAGAAAUGUAUGUCUAUUAUUUACUCACGCGGAGUUGAGUCACGGCGUAAAUGGAUCCGUAUUUUGUUAGACCUGGCGUCGCCAAUUCUAAAUUCCUCAUCGCCAGACCAUCGCGACACAAAUAACGGCUCUGUUUCGUCUUACAGUCUCUCAUCGAGCUCAAAUUUACCAUCAAAUGAGUCUAUCCACGGUGCCCUCUUGGUGUAUCGUGAAUUGAUCAGAUACCACGAUGACCCGUAUAUCAAGUCCAUGUUCGAAUUGAUGUACGAAAAUGUCUCUCUUUAUAAAAACCACAAACUGUCAGUCAUCAGGCAAGAGCUCACCACAAUUUACUCCUUGCUAUGCAGGGUAGAUGUGGAUAUCUUUGUUGAAAAAUAUUUGCAUCGAACAUUAUACUUUUACUUGUCUCAAUUAAAAAAGUACAAGAAUCAAAACAGUGAUUUUGUGAAGGCAGAAAAAAGUGCGAUCUUAGAAAGUAUUGGGUUGAUUGCAUUGGAAGUUGGCAAUCAAAUGGCAACCUAUCUUGAUGCCAUUUUGGACAAUAUCAGAGACGGGCUUGCGCAUCCAGCAAACUCUGGGGUCCAACAAAUUCUUGCAAACGCAAUUUCAACAGGAGAUACGUCAUCUACAGGUAUUAAGUCACAAACUGUAUCGCUGCUGAUAUCUUCUAAGAAUAGAGCUAUUCGAAAAGAUAUUGAGCCAGCAAUAUUUGACUGCAUUGGCAAACUUUCAAUGGCAGUGGGGCCGGCUUUAACAAAACACUUACAAAGAGACAUUUUAGACAUGAUGUUUACCAGCUGCUCUCUUUCAAAAGCAAUGCAAGAUGUUUUGCAAACUUUGAUAAAGACUAUUCCUCCGCUCACUCCAACUAUCAACAUGAAGCUUCUUAACUUGUUGAGUUUGGUUCUCUCUGGAAAGACUUUUCAGCCUCCGGGCUCGCCAUAUGGGUCCAUAAAGAUAAAUGAGUCUUCUGCGCGUGACUACCGACUCAUAAUGAUCUCAAGAGAUACAGGUCUCAGCGUAAGCAAUAUCUUGAACAACGCUGCGUCAUACGCAAGUUACGAUGACGCGAUCGUUGUCCAAGCUUUAAAGAUGGUUUCUUUUUUCGAGUUCGAAAACUAUCAGCUUAACGAAUUUGUGAGAUAUUGUAUCGUCACUUAUUUAGACAGCAACAGCCCCAAAGUCAGAAAAUCUGCAGUAUCUACAUCAUGCAAGAUUUUCACUAAGGAUCCGAUAUGUCAUCAAACGAGCGUCAAUGCAUUAAGUGCCGUCAAUGAGGUUGUGGACAAGAUCUUGUCAAUUGCCAUUACUGACCCCGUCCCUGAAAUUCGCCUCGAGUCUCUCAACAGUCUAGGCGAGGCCAGCAAUUUUGAUCCUCAAUUAUCCCAAGCUGAAAAUGUUAAACACUUAUUUGUGGCUCUUAAUGACGAGAACUUUGAGAUAAGAAAAAUUGCUAUAAAGAUUUUGGGUCGUUUGUCCACAAUAAACCCGGCAUACAUUGUUCCAUCUUUAAGAAAAACCUUGAUACAAUUGUUGUCGAGAUUGCAAUACGCGAACACAAGCCGAAAGAAAGAGGAAACCGCUACAAUUCUCGCUCUAUUGAUUGGAAAUUCAACGGAACUAUCUCGGCCGUACAUUAAACCUAUUGUUGAGACCUUACUUCCGAAAGCCAAAGAUGCUAGCUCGUCUGUGGCAGCCAGUGCAAUCAAUUGUUUAGGUGAGGCUGCAAUAGUGGCAGGUGAGGAUAUGAAGCCAUUUUUACCAGAUCUUAUGCCACUAAUUUUGGACACCUUUCAAGAUCAAAGCUCUUCAUUCAAGCGCGACGCAGCUUUAAAGGCAUUGGGCCAAAUUGCAAGCUCACUGGGUUAUGUCAUACAGCCUCUUCUCGAUUAUCCUCAAUUAUUGGGAAUGCUCGUUGGUAUCUUAAAGCUGGAGACUUCUCCUCAUAUCAGACGUGAAACAGUCAGACUAUUAGGAAUACUAGGUGCAUUGGACCCGUACAAGCAUCGUGAGGUGGAGCAAACUUCGCAAAAAAUUCCUGAUGAGCAAAAUGCACCCCCGGUUGAUAUUGCGCUUCUUAUGCAAGGUAUGUCUCCUUCCAAUGAGGAGUAUUAUCCCACAGUUGCCAUCAACAAUCUCAUGAAAAUACUCAAGGACCUGUCGUUGAGCUCGCAUCAUAACAAGGUCAUUCAAGCGGUGAUGUACAUCUUUCAAACGUUAGGCUUGCGUUGUGUUUCAUUCCUUCCACAGAUUAUUCCUGGUAUGAUCAAGGUAAUGCAUAGUUGUCCUCCUAGCAUGCUCAAAUUCUAUUUGCAGCAGUUGGGUGCUCUUAUUUUGAUUGUCAAACAACACAUUCGACCAUUUUUACCCAGCAUUUUCGAAAUUAUCAAAGAGUUUUUCAAUACUUCCACACACCUCAACAUCAAAGUCAUAAUCACUCAUUUGAUCGAAUCCAUAUCAAGAGCGUUGGAAGGCGAAUUCAAGAUGUACCUCUCUGAAAUAUUGCCCCUCUUACUUGAUUUGAUCGAAGAUGAUAAGUCUGCCGAAAGAGAACCAUCCAUUCAUGUUUUGAGAAGUUUUGUUGUGUUUGGAAAUACCAUAGAAGAGUAUGAUCAUGUGAUUGUACCCACUAUAAUCAAAAUGUUUGAAAUCGGACCUGUUCUGUUGAGAAAAUAUGCAAUUGAAACAGUGGGAAAACUUGCCAAAAACAUAUCGCUAAACGAUAUGUCAUCUAGGAUUAUUCAUCCCUUAUUGCGAGUGUUGAGACAAGAUAACGAAGAACUCUCACAUGCUGCUAUGAAUACUUUUUGUUGUUUGGCCUUAAGUAUGGGUCAGGAAUUUGUCAUCUUUAUUCCAGUGGUGAAGAAAGUUCUCAUUCGACAAAAGUUGCAUUCCGCAUUAUUCGACCAAUUGGUUUCGAAACUUUUGAAUGGUGACCCUCCACCAACAAAUCUCAAUAUUUACAAUGACUACGAUAUGCACAUAAACCAUUUUGAUGUUCCAGAUAUUGAUAUGCCUUCAAAAAAAUUGCCUGUCAAUCAGACAGCUUUGAAAGCUGCUUGGGAUUCAUCUCAAAGAAAUAAUACUAGAGAAGAUUGGCAGGAGUGGAUUGCACGGUUGAGUAAGGAAUUACUUAAACAAAGCCCAUCACAUGCAAUUAGAGCUUGCGCUGGUCUUGCCUCUGAUUAUCAUCCGCUUGCUAAAGACUUAUUCAAUUCAAGUUUUGCAUCCUGCUGGAGCGAGUUAUACUCACAACAUCAGGAAGAGCUUAUCGAGUCUCUAUGCAUCGCUUUGUCGGCACCAAAUAACCCCCCUGAGAUCCAUCAAAUCUUAUUGAAUUUAGCAGAAUUCAUGGAGCACGAUGACAAGUCGUUGCCAAUUGCCAUCACUACCUUGGGCCAAUAUGCACAGAGAUGUCAUGCGUACGCUAAAGCAUUGCACUACAAAGAGUUGGAAUUUUAUGAAGAGCCUACGACCCCAACUAUUGAAGCCUUGAUCAGCAUAAAUAACCAAUUACAGCAGUCGGACGCGGCAGUUGGUAUUUUGAAGCAUGCUCAAUUGCAUCAUGACCUCCAGCUCAAGGAAACAUGGCAUGAGAAGUUACAAAGAUGGGAAGAUGCCUUGAAAGCGUACAAUGAAAGAGAAAAACUUGAGCCUGAUAACAUUGAAGUUGUGAUGGGUAAAAUGAGGUCCUUGCAUGCAUUAGGGGAAUGGGAACAAUUGUCUGAAUUGGCUCAGAACAAGUGGAGUUCUUCAUCAAGCGAUAUAAAGCGUAAUGUUGCGCCUUUGGCAGCAGCAGCAGCUUGGGGAUUAGGACAAUGGGAUAGAAUGGAUGCCUAUAUUCAGGUGAUGAAACUGGAAUCACCAGAUAAAGCUUUUUUCAGUGCAAUUUUGAGUCUUCAUCGGAACAAUUUUGAGGAAGCAUCCAACCAUAUUCUUAAUGCGCGGGACUUGCUUGUUACAGAAAUCACAGCUUUAGUCAGUGAGAGCUACAACAGGGCAUACGGCGUCGUCGUACGAGUUCAGAUGUUGGCUGAGUUGGAAGAGAUCAUUAAAUAUAAAUGUUUGCCACAGGGAUCUGAAAAACGCGCUUUAAUGCGCAAAACCUGGAAUACUCGGCUUUUGGGCUGUCAACGGAAUGUUGAUAUUUGGCAACGAAUGUUAAAGGUUAGAGCCCUUGUCAUCAAACCAAAACAGGACAUGGAAAUGUGGAUCAAGUUUGCCAAUCUUUGUCGCAAGUCUGGGAGAUUCAAUCUUGCCGAAAAUUCACUUAAUAAUUUAUUGGAGGGCGGUGCAUCAGAUACAUCCUCAAGAGCCCCGCCUCAGGUGGUUUAUGCUCAGUUGAAAUACAUGUGGGCCAAAGGACAGGGGAAGGAGGCUUUGAGGCAUCUAGUGGAUUUUACAACGCGCAUGUCACAAGAUCUUGGCUUGAAUCCAAAUGAUUUAAUAACUCAGCCUGUUCCUAUUGAUGGUCCUGGCAUUCCAAAACAUGUGGAAGAAUACACCAAACUUCUUGCAAGAUGCUUUUUGAAACAAGGUGAAUGGCAAAUUGUUCUGAAUAGCAAUUGGCGCACCGAGACGUCUGAAAUUAUUCUCGGUGCUUUCCUUUUGGCUACACAUUUUGAUAGCAAAUGGUAUAAGGCAUGGCACAAUUGGGCUUUGGCAAAUUUCGAAGUCAUUUCUUUGUACUCGCUGGGAAAUGGAGCAAACUCCUCAAAUGUGUUGGAACAGAGCGAUCUUCGGGACAACCAGAUGCAGCAGCUGCAAAUGAUCUCUGUUGAAGUUGUACAGAGACAUGUAAUUCCUUCUAUUCAGGGAUUUUUCCACUCAAUUGCUUUAUCAAGCUCUAAUUCUUUGCAGGAUACAUUGCGUUUGCUUGCGUUAUGGUUCAAAUUUGGAGGUAUACCUGAAGCAGCUCAAGCAAUGACAGACGGCUUCAACAUGGUAAAAAUUGAUAAUUGGUUGCAAAUUGUGCCGCAAUUGAUCUCUCGUAUUCAUCAGCCGAAUCAAAUUGUCAGCAGAUCUUUACUUGGAUUACUUACCGACCUUGGUAAAGCACAUCCACAGGCUUUAGUUUACCCGUUGGCUGUGGCAGUCACAUCUGAGUCCGUGAGUAGAAAGAAGGCAGCUCUUUCCAUCAUCGACAAAAUGAGAGCCCAUUCAGCAACUUUGGUGGAGCAGUCAGAACUUGUCAGUCAUGAGCUUAUUCGUGUCGCUGUAUUGUGGCUAGAACAAUGGUAUGAAGGACUAGAAGACGCCCUGCGUUUGUUUUUUGGUGAGCACAACACCGAGAAAAUGUUCGAGGUUCUUGAACCUCUCCACAAAAUGCUUGAAAAGGGACCCGAAACAAUGAGGGAGGCGUCUUUUAACAAUGCAUUUGGAAGGGAGUUGGCGGAUGCUUACGAAUGGGUUUUAAAUUACCGUCGCACUAAAGAUAUUACGAAUUUGAACCAGGCUUGGGAUGUUUAUUACAACGUCUUCCGAAAAAUAAGCAGGCAAUUACCACAACUUCAAAGCUUGGAUUUGCUGUUUGUUUCUCCAAAAUUGGAGGAUGCUUACAAUUUGGAAUUGGCGGCCCCUGGAACAUACCAUGCUGGCAAACCCAUCAUCCGAAUCAUGAAGUUCGAGCCAACCUUCACGGUGAUUUCCUCCAAGCAAAGACCAAGAAAAUUGGUCUGUAAAGGCAGUGAUGGCAAAGACUACCAGUAUGUGUUAAAAGGACAUGAAGACAUCCGGCAGGAUAAUUUGGUUAUGCAAUUGUUUGGCUUGGUCAACACUCUUCUUGUCAAUGAUACAGAAUGCUUCAAACGUCAUUUGGACAUCCAACAGUUCCCGGCAAUUCCUCUCUCACCAAAGGUUGGUCUAUUGGGGUGGGUUCCGAAUAGUGAUACUUUUCAUGUGCUCAUAAGAGAGUACAGAGAAUCUAGAAAAAUUUUGCUCAACAUCGAACACAGGAUCAUGCUUCAAAUGGCCCCUGAUUAUGAUAUUCUAACGAUCUUACAAAAGGUCGAGGUUUUCACCGGAGCUUUGGAUAAUACUAGAGGUCAGGACUUGUAUAAGGUUCUUUGGCUUAAGUCCAAGUCUUCAGAGGCUUGGCUUGACAGAAGAACAACUUAUACCAGGUCAUUGGCUGUCAUGUCUAUGGUGGGCUACAUCUUAGGAUUAGGAGACAGACACCCCUCAAAUUUGAUGCUUGACCGAUUUACGGGCAAAGUUGUUCAUAUCGAUUUUGGUGACUGUUUCGAGGCAGCGAUCUUGCGUGAGAAGUAUCCAGAAAAAGUUCCGUUCAGACUCACAAGAAUGCUUAACUAUGCCAUGGAAGUCAGUGGUAUCGAAGGAUCGUUCCGUAUCACUUGUGAGCAUGUCAUGAGAGUCCUCAGAGCCAACAAAGAAUCCUUGAUGGCAAUUUUGGAGGCUUUUGCUUAUGACCCCUUGAUCAAUUGGGGGUUUGACUUUCCCCCAAAGGUGCUUGCAGAAGCAACCGGAAUUAAGAUCCAGCAGCACAAUACGAGCGAAUUGUUGAAAAAAGGUGAAAUCGACGAAGAGGAAGCUCAAAGACAGUACAAACAAAACGCCCUUGAGGUGAGAAAUGCAAGAGCUGCUCUUGUGCUCAAGAGAAUCACAGAUAAACUCACUGGAAAUGACAUCAAACGUUUGAAGGGUUUGGACAUACCUACUCAAGUCGACAAAUUGAUACAGCAAGCGACCAGUGUUGAAAAUCUCUGUCAGCACUAUAUCGGCUGGUGUUCAUUCUGGUAG